GACCGAUUCCGGGAACUGAGAAAGCGCAAACUUCUUCGGCAAACAAGCAGCAAUCGAGAUAUUCUAUACUGAGACUGUAUCUUUUGAUUAUUUUUAUCAUGCUCCGGACUGCGGGAUAUUUUCAAGUAUCCUUGGUGGUUUUAAGGUUUCUCCUUAACUUUUUAAACUUCGCUACGGCUGCCGUGUGUCUUUAUCAUUCAACGCCAACAGAAAACUGUAAAGUUAGAAAUCAAACGAAAAUCAUACUCGGUCAACAAGAAAUCAGCAACACUGUAAACACGGUGGGGGCGCUGCUGGAAGAUGGAAACUCGCUUUUGCUUCUCUUGAUGAUAGUAUUUUGGAAAACAUUCAAAGUGAGGAGAUAUUUCGGCGCAGUGAUUCGUGUUGGACACUUCUGGGUUUGGUGCUUGUUUUGCAUUACCAACACUCUUUCGAUUCUAUACGUGGAUGUCGUUCACGGAAAAGACCGCAUGGGAAAUGUGAAUGUCACGGCAAUAGCACUGAUCAUCGAGAUGCUUCUUCUAACGUUCCUGGCGAGUGCAAUCAACUUCAUUUCCCACAAAACGUACGUGGCAUGGAUCGAAUCUCGAUUCUGGGGGCAGACAAAUACGCAACGUGUAUUAAAGCCACUCUUCCGACUCGUCCUCAGUGCGUACUUCUUCAGAAAUCUUGGUUUGUUUUUGUACGACACGGCCCUCGUGUCAAUGAGCAUCUCGCUGCUGAGGGGCGGGAGAGUAGAAGGAGCGCAUGACUGGGACAGCCUGCUUCUGUUGCUUGAUGCAGCGUUCCGUGCCAGUUUCACAAAGUUCUUUUUUCAAAAGAUGUUUAAGGAACAAAAACUUCCAAAGGUAAGAUGAAAAUGAUAAUAGGAAAGGUAAAUAUGCUUUCACGCACGCGCACUGAUAAUGAGCAAUAUAAGUAGACAUUUUAUGAGAAGGUAGCAAUAGUACAUAAAGCUGAAAAUCUAAUUCCCUGUAUAAAGGGAGUAUUCAUUCUUUAUCACUUGAGUGGGGAUCAGAGGAUUUUGGAGUAUCGAGUGGUUUUCAGGGCGAACGGAGGAGAUCAGUCGUUGCCAACAGAAUAAAAAGGGGAAGCUAAAAAAAGUUGACUGCCAAUCAACUGUCUAUGAGAGGCAAUUGUAUGAAUAUCACAUAGGCUUAUUAUGGUUUUAGAUAAAUAUUAUCAUGCCUCAACAAAGGUCUUCCCACCCCCUUCCCCCUCCCCCUCCCCCCCCCCCUCCCCCUCCCCUCCCCUCCCCCCCCUCCCCCACCAGCCCACCCAAGGUGAUGAAUAAUGCCUUACUCAGGGCUUGGGCUGUGAGUGGGGGGGGGGGGAAGAGGCCAAAUACAAACGUAUAAGCUUCAACUAACAAGGAAGGAGGAUGGGAGCAUGUGCGGGGGGGGGCUAAUGCCUCCCCAGCCCCUUCUUCUGCGCGGUUCCUAAUACUUCACGCAAGGUAGUCCUUCCUCGAUUAUUUUAUGUCACUUUUUAAUUCUGAACCAUUCACCUAGGAACAGCUUUACCUUUGAUGCUAAUUUUGCUCUCGUACAUUUAUCCCAUGCGGCUUCCAACAGGCAAAGAUUAUGUUUUACAUGACGUUUAUCUAUCUACUGCUGGGAAAUAAAGCCGUUAAAGAAAACAUAAAGUUCACGAAAAUGCGAACCAAAUACAAGUCAUUUGGGAAUGCAUGCUUCAACUAUAGCCGUACCUUCCCCCCCUCCCCCCCAAGGUGAAACGAAAGAGGGGAGGGUACGGCUAUUCGUAAGCUUCAAUUUCCUCCCCGGCGCCAUUUGGAAUGCAUUUAGUCUUACAUUAGCAGCAUUUAAUAUCAAACGAUAGCGACAAUAAAUAAUCAAUGCCUUUAUUCGCCUUACACUUUUCUUAGGCUAAAUGUUGAUACUGACCAAUUAAAAGUAACACAGCAAGUUGAAAGCCUCACAGUACAUUUCGAUCUUUAAAUAUUGGCAGGUGUGCGAGGAUGAAACAGAUCCCGCGUUGCUACGAGACCAGCUUGGUGGCUACCGAGUGAUCAAUGCUGCGGUUGAAUUCAACGCAACAUAAAUUUUCGGCUCAGGGCUGAGAAGUAUCGUCGAGGGUCUCAAUGGGGUUAACCGAUAUACGUAAAACGGCCAAAAAACUUAGCCUUUAGGCGGAAAAAGAAGUUAAUGGAAAAAAAUUCUUGUCAAGUGACAACAAUAU